AUGGAGGCGGCGGGUGAGGCGGCGGCCGUCCCCGCCGAGGAGCUGCGGGCGGCGGCCGCCUUCGUGGCUCCCCUGCGGCCUGAGCCGGCGGCCGCCGCCGCCGUGGUGCUGCCGGAGCGGCUGCAGCGGCGGGAAGCGGAGCGGCAGCAGGGCGUGGAGCGGCAGCGGCAGAAGAAGGAGGCGCAGGUAGUGAAGGAGGAGCAGAGCGAAUUCUUCGUCGCCGCCUUCUCCCGGGAGCGAGAGGCUGUGGAGGCGCUGCUGGCGGCGGGGCCGCUGGAGGAGGCGGCCGCCCGCCUGCAGGGGCUGCAGAAGCUGCUGACCGAGAGCGUGCGGUUCCUGGCGCCCUACGAGCUGCGGCAGGGCCAGGAGGCCGUGGCGCGACUGCAGGGGGACCUGGCGGCGCGGCGCCAGCAGCUGCAGCCCAAGAAGAAAUUCGCCUUCCGGGCCCUCAAGAAAGAAGCGGCGCCGGGCAGCGAGCCGCGCCCCGCCGAGCCCGCCCGGCCCGCGGCCGCCGAGCCGGCCCCCUGCCCCGGCACUGCCGAGGGGGAGCCGGGCGGGCCGCCGCUGUGCGGGUUCAGCGGCGCCGAGAACCAGGAGCUGGAGCUCGGCCCCGCGGAGCUGCUGCAGCGCGACGUGCUGCUCUCGCAGCUGCGCGGCUGCCGGGUGCGGCUCCGCGGCAACGCCAACACCGUGCGGGUGCGGGACUGCCGGGGCUGCACCGUGCUCUGCGGGCCCGUCUCCACCUCCGUGAUGGUGGAUGGCUGCAGUGACUGUGUCCUGGUGCUGGCCUGCCAGCAGCUGCGCACCCAUCGCACCUGCGACAGCCGCUUCUACGUGCAGGUGACCAGCCGGGCCGUGAUCGAGGACUGCACUAAGGUCUUCUUUGCCCCCUACGCCUGGAGCUAUCCGGGUAUUGAGAGGGAUUUUGAGUCUUCUGGGCUGGACAGAAGCAGAAACAACUGGAACCUGGUGGACGACUUUGACUGGCUGGCAACUGACAGGCCUUCACCCAACUGGAGCCUGAUCCCUGAGCAGGAAAGAAUCAGCUGCUGGGACUGACUGCAGAGGCAGCUCAGUACUGAGCAAGAAAUCCUGGUGUAGAAGCACUGAUUCAUAAACAGUGGGACUUCAUCACCAAUAUGCCAUUAAAUAAUUCCAAUCGGUAUUUAAAUUGUGAAUUACAAUGUAUGACUUUUUUUUUCUUUAAUUCAAGAAUAACCAGUCAAAUAUAGUUUACUGUUCUUACACAAGUUGCUGCUAUAAUCUUUAUGUAUCACUGUGGAAUUUGCCAACUACUGCAGUACCUCAUUGCUAAGUUUUUCUAAUUAAAGUGGGGCAAGGAGCACCAACAAACAGGAGCCUCUGUUAGAACUGUUGUGCUGCUUUCACUCACACAGGCAGAAUCUGAAUUAGCUGCAAGUAGUACAAGCUGUACUGAAAUGGAAAACAGAUUUUUUGCAUUUUUGUGGUUCUUAGGUUGCAGAUGACAGUACACUAACUUAUGCGGUAUACAGGAGGGGAGUUUGGUGGUCUAAUGGGGACAGUGAAAUCUGUAAGUUUGCUUUAUUUAGGCUUUGAUUUCAAGUGACAUAAGUCUAAAGGAAAGUCACCUAAUAAACAUUUAAUGCUCUCCUAGUACAUUACUGAUUGUUUGAAAUUAACAAACUUGUAGAGGGUAUAUAAAUACUAAAUCUUCGCAGCCUGAAAAUACUAUGUGAAAAGAUGUUCCUGCUGUAAACAAUUUUAACUUGAGAUGAAUAAAAUGAGUGCUUUGAGUGUACUUCUGGGGGCACACAGGAAGUUCUGAUUAAUGUUACAGAAGCUUGGUAACCUGCUCUACUGUAGUCUGAAACUUCAGGGGAGAGAUAUUAAGGGUUGUCCUACUACUUGUUUUGUUUGCCUACCAGAAACUAGGCUUUGUGGUGCUGUGAUCUUAAUUUACAGGCCCCUGCUGCUGCAUAAGUGAAGCAUUGACAGAGGCAGUCAGUAAAAUGGGAAGAUGAAGUGCUAUGUUCCAGUUCCAAAACUGCACAGUAUCUUGCAUAAAGUAUACAGUAACUUAAGUCCUAUUUCUUCACUCCUGCUAAAUAAACUUAAAAGGUAGCAGCAUUGUGGAAUGCAAUGUUCUUACAAGGCACUGUUAGUAGUGAAGUGACCACUAUUCAUACAUAGUAAGUUUAGGUUUCCAAAACCACUCCUGUGACAUUUUACAAUAAAUAAUUGUUUAUCUUGCCUAAAAAUCAGCUUAGAGUUGUAUUUUAAAACUGCAAAAUAUUUAUGCUGCCCUACCAUCAUGUAUGUGCCUCUAACAGAAGAUGAAUACUAGCCAAACCAUCAAAAACUCAAAAUUGCUAUGAGAAAUACUUGAAAGUUCUCCUGAGUGCUUGACUUGUUUUGAGCAGAUGAACUUUUUAUCUAAGUUGUUUUUAGCGUAUUUAAUUCAAAAAUGGAAUUUUUAUAUAUUUUUAAACUUUCAGUUUUGUUUACUUCUGUUAAUGUGUACUUUUUUUACUGAAUUGGAUUUUGCAUUUCAAAUGUAUUUGGUUUUGUUUCAGUUGUCCCUUCACAAAUUAUUCUCCUUUGCAUUGACAGCAUAAUAAAAUUAUUUAAAGGAAACAA